AUGGCCAAUAGCAAACCAGACUACUUCACUCCGAGCUUUCCGCAGACUAAGCACGAAUGUGAAACCAGUGCAGGAUUGUCAUUGGAUACAGGAGCGCAUAACGCAGUAAAUCGGUAUCUAUCUCUGGCUAGACAUUUCCCGGUCAAGAUAGACUCUAGGCUACGGGUGAUCCUGAUCGAGAAGAUGGCGGAGAGCAUGAAGUUCAUCCAUGAUAUAGGUACGCUACCUACCACGUACUGGCCGGAUCGUAUUGACAGGUAGGAGCCGAUCGAUUGACUGAAAGAGUUUAAACAGAUCAUGCUGACAGUAAACCUCCGAAAAAAGCUUUGGUAUGAGCCGGCACAGCAGAGAUUUAA